CGAAAAACCGUUGAAACGGAAAAGAGCAAAAAGACACACUGCCAAAUCUUGAAAAUAUUUUCUCAUUGAGUGAACCUUUAAUUGUUCAACAUGUCAAGAGUUCCAAAAUGUCUCAUGCUAAAAGAGUGGCUUCAAUACGAUGAUGUCAUCAAACUUCUUGAAAGUGCUUCUUCUUCAUUGGAAUAUGUUUUAGCUCAGGAUCUCAGUCAGGAAAUUCGCAAUACUUACAAAUUUAUUUGUACUUUCUGUCCUGAAAGUUGCCAACAAGAAUGCAAAGAGUAUAGAUUUGAAGAAAUCGCUCGACAUAAAAUGCGAGCACAUUUAAAAGAUCAUAUAAGUUUAUUAAAGACUGGUACAACAGAUGAUGCAAAAAAAGAGUUUCGCACUAAAAAUCAACUCUUUAAAGGAAAUAAAUAUGCAACUGUGAAACACAAAGCUCCAGUGCCAGUUAAUAAAGAUGUACCAAUCAAAAAAUUGAAGACCUCUCAUAAACAAGAUUCUGUUACUGUACCAAAGCGCAAGAUUAAGCAACCUAAAGUGAAGGCAACGAAAUAUACCAAAUUAAAGGAUUUAUAUUGUGAAAAAUCUGAGAAAAAUGAAAAGGCUUUACCAAAAUUGGAGCAUAAUAUGGAAUCAGAAAGCAAGAAAGAUCACCAAUGUUCAGAAGAAUUAGUGAAAAUAGAAAGUAUUCCAAUAAUAAAAUUUGAAAUUGAAAACUUUGAAACAGAAGAAAUUGGUGAUAAAAGAACUUGUGAAACUCAGACAUUUCAUGCUGGAAAAGAACAGGAAACUUUUCAAUACAAAGUUGCAACAAAACUUUUUGCUGUUGACCGUUCAUUAUGGCAUACCAUUGAAAAGGUCCUUGAUGAUAUUGUUGCAGCAGAAAAGCCCUCUGAAGAAUUAUCUCUUGAAGAUAAAGAAAAAAUACUCAUGGGCAUGAGACAGUGGAUGGACUCUGUUCAGAUUUAUGAUCAUCAGACUUUAUCACGACUCCAGGAUCCUUUAACUGAAGCAGAAAAAAACACCCUAGAUCAUUUGACCAGUGAGGAUUGGAAAAAAUUAGAUUCUUCUCAGGAUUCAGAAUCUAAGCUGAGGCUUAAGGUUUAUGCAAGAAUGCUUCUAAGAGAUUAUGAAUGUUUCCCAAGAAAGCUAAAGCCAAAAUACUGUAGACAUUGUGGUAAACACUAUACUGCUAGUACCUCACUCUACAGUCAUUUGGUGAGCUUAUCAGGUAUCCGAUUUUGGGUAUGUAGUAGAUGUAAGGAUGCUAACAUGGAAGAGGCAACUUUCACAAGAAAACACUCAUUGCAGUAUCAUAUAUUAAAAGAAGUUGGUAUACCUAGAUACAGAUGCACUCAACCAGGCUGCAGUAAAACGCAUAAUCAUACACAUCAUCAAAAGAGUCAUGCUAGACAACACACAGGGGAGCAACAUUAUGUUUGCAUGGUUGAAGGAUGUAAAGGACGUUUUUCAAAUCGUAACACUUACAGUAGACAUCUCCUUCAGUUUCAUCAUGUGGAAUUAACAAGAAGUAACCAACUAAAGGAAAUUGAUGAAAAAGAGGCACGGUUAAAGGUUUAUGCUGCUAGGCUUAAAGCAAGAGAGAGAAGCAAGUGCAAGCGCCAACUAGGAAAUGAGAGUAACCCAAAGUCAUUAGUACCAAGUACUAAAUUCAAGAUGGAGAAAAAAAAGAGUGCAAUAGAUGAAAACAUACUGACUGCAGCACAGCACUUUUUAACUGAGGUAAAAUUAGAAGAAGAUAAAGCAAAAGAUAAAACAUUUUCUUCAGAACUUAACAUUGAAAAGUUCAUUAGACCUUCAGCUUCAAAACUUCUUUAUGGUAUUGCAAGAGAUGUACGCAAUACCACAUCAUCUAUUCAAGAAGCCAAGUCAACAGAAAGUAUGAUGGGUGGUCUGAAUCUUUUGGCUACUGUCUCAAAAUAUAUGAAUGCUGAAAACUGCAUAAAAGGAAAUGGCCAUGUCUUAAGUGCAGACUGUAUGGAAGAACAAGAUGAAGAGGUAAUUAACGCCUGGAGAAAAGAAAACAUAUCAUCUACAAAUUCUCAAGUGGGUGUAGUUAAAUCUGAGUUUGUUAACUGUAAUGACAUUGAACAUGAGUCAGGAAAUCCUCCAAGUGAACUCAAAAGUUAUGAAAAUAUAUCACAUGACAGUAAUGCACCUGAUGUUGACAGGCAUCCAAUUUUUACUGAGGCUACUACAAGCAAGGGGCAUGGUGGUACUGCUAAAACUACUUACAAUGCUGAUUUGGUAAAUAAAGAGGAAAGUUGUUCAUCUUCAAUGAAAGUUUUAACAGUGGGAAACAUUAAACUUCUUCCUUUUCCUUCACAGUUAAUGUCUUCACAACCUUCCAAUUUACUUCAUGUUGUUCAGACACCUGUAAGUCAAUGCCUUGAUACCAACAAAAAAAUCACAAAAAGCCCUGUUAAUGAAAAUAUUGAAUUUAACAAGAAUAUCUAUUGUCAAAAUCAGUAUAUGUCUUCAUUCCCUAAUGAUAGUGCCAACUGUUCCCUUCCUGUUUUAUUCAAGCCUAUUGGUAACCCUUCUAGUAUGGAAAAUGAUUUUCCUCAUAUUAAAGCUGAGACAGCAAUGCCAACAAACAGCUUAUUAGAUUCAGAAACUCCUUCUAGUCUUCAUACUCAAAAGGUAGAAACAAUAUACUCAACUGCAUCAAAUAAUUCUCUUACUAAAGCUGAAAAUUGUCUACCGGGAAGAAUUGUUCUUGAAAAACAGUUAGAUACUUGUUCACAUUUAAAUAAAUGUGAUUCUGCUGCAUAUAAUCAAUUUCACCAGAAGCAUAUUCAGGUAAUUAAAGUGACUAAUACAAGCUCUCCAUUGCACCUUCGAAGUGUUAGCACACUUUCUGGAAAAACAUACAUAGUUCUUACUUCUUCAGGUGGUCAAAACAAAACUAUUCCAGAAAAGCCAUCUAAUCCACAGGCUAAUUGUGAUGAGAUAUCAUCCUCAGCUAGAAUCUUACCUUUUUCUGAAUUAUGAGUUUCAAAUUAAACAGUGGCUUUAAGUAUAUUUCUUUACUAAAGGGUAGUGCCUUAAACUUAAAUUGUUCUUAUUGACACUGCUGGUAUUUUGUACAGUUCACAAAUUUCAUUAAGUCUAGUAGUUUGGCUAAAUUACUAUUAUUUAGAAAAUAUUUCUAUUACAAUUAGCUUUUACAAGUGUGGCAUGGAUAAAAUCUCUUUAUUUUGUGUUAAACACAUGAGCUUACCUGAUAAUUAUAGCCUAAUUAUUUUAUUCUCAAACAUUCAAUAUGCAAGCUCUUCUUGACUUUUUUAACUUAGCAUUUUAUAGAAACGUCCUAUAUCUAAAUGGAAAGUUUUAUUUAUAAUUAUUUCUAUGCCUUCAUAUUAUCAUGUUGUUCCUUUAUUUCUGAAUUGUUUUUAAAAUAUUGCCCGUAUUAGAUGCAUUUUAUCCAUUAAUUGUAUCUUGAGUGGUUUCCAAAAAAUGUAUUUCAUUUAGUUAACUUUCUUUUAGAGAAUCACCACUGAUAUAUUGAUCACAUUUUCCAUUACUUAUUUUAUUACCUUAAUCUUGUUAAAUUAAUUACUUAAAGCUGUUGUAUGAUUUGGGGUACUGAUAAAAAAAAAGCUGUAGGCUAUUUGAUAUCAGCCUGUAAUUAUGUUUUUGGCAAGAAUUAUUAAUCCAGCUGAACAUGUAGUUGUUCUCAGCAGUAUGUUAUCUGUAGCCCCUACUCUUUGGUUUAGUUUCUCCCUAUUUUUUGACAUGAGGCACUAUAAGAUACCUUUACAUUGAUCUAAAGUGUCAAUUGAUACCAAAAGCAAUCAAAAUAUUUUAAUUGUGAAACAUCUGACAGUCAGUUGAUUUAACUAUAACUAAAUUAAACAAAACUGCUGUUGGUCUGAUAAAAAUUUUAAAAAAUACAAAUGUGGCUUGUUUAAAAAGCAUUGUUUGUUUUCUUUCAUAAACAAGUUGAAUGUGCUUUUUAAUAUAAAAUGUGCCUUAAAAUGAUCAUUGGUAUUUUGCUUUGAUAAUUGUUCUUUUUUUUUUUAAAGUCUAGUUUUAGUGUGUUUUUUUAUUUAAGCAAAUAUUUAUGUGAUAUUAUUCCCAGUUCUGAAACAUUUUUCUUGACAAAAUUUCUAAAAAAAAAAAUGUAGGUGGCCCUUUAAAAGCUAUGAAUUUUAAAAAUGUAACUUUAAUGAACUAAAAGUUUGAAAUCACUAAAAAAUGUAUGAAUUACUUAAAAACAGAUCUUUUAGAAUUACAAAAUUUGUUUCUUAUUAAUUGUAGUCAAUUAUUAUUUUUUUUUUUUUUUGCAUUAUUCCUUUACUGGUUUUAAGGUUACACACAUUAGAAAUGUGGUGUAUAUCUCCUUGUUUAAGAUUUUUAAAAAUAGGGUCUUUUUUGGUAUAGCUAGCCAGAAUGCACUGGUGUAAAGUUUUACUUUGUAAAUGUUAAAGCAUAUUUUCUGCCUUAUUUGUUGCAUGUGUUUAGGGUAAUUAAAAUGAUUUUUAAAUGUCUUGUCUCAAAUUAUAGUAGAAAAUCGUUUUCUAGUAUUUGAAUAUAGCAAAUAGAUUAAAACUAAUGUAUGGGGUAAUAUAAAUGGCUAAGCAAGCAUUGUCACUGGGAUAUGAAUACAAAAAUCAUAAUGAUAGUCCGCAAGUUGUUUUUUCACUCAUGUAUUUAUAAAAUGUACCUGAUGUUAUUGCACUGUGAUAUUUAAAGUGUAUAAAGGUUCAAACAACUAACCUAAUAUUACUUGAAUCUUUGGCAAUAACAUGUCAAUAUACCUACUAUAUUUACAUUUGACCUGACUUUCUAUUUUGAUUUCAUGUAAUUCAAUCUGAGUUUGUUAACUAUAAGUCAUGUAGGAGUAUGCCUGUAAAAGAUAACAUUGUGGAUGUCAAUUUUUUAUUUUAUUUAUUUAAAACAAAUAUUUUUGCACUAAUUCUAUGCAACAACAAAAUAAAAUGAACAAAACCUAUCAUUAGCUGUAAAUCUUUGAUAUUUUUUUAAAAUGUUUUUCUCUAAUGACUUUUAAAUAAUGGAGUGAAAUCAUUUUACAAAAGACAAAGGAUUUCAUUUAUAAUAUGGGUUGUUUGUUUGUUUUUUCAGUUUACAUCAGCAUAUAGAAGAAAGCAUAUAAUUUACAACUAUACUUGGUAGCUUUGUUUCCUUUGGCAUUUGGUUUCUCCUUCUUUUCAGUAUUUCUUCAAAAUGCAAAAAUAUAAAAAACACUAACAUUAAAACUGUGAAUAGCUAGAUAAUACCAUUGUUAAGAAAAUUGUAAUGACUGAGCAUUUAUUCACUUGUAAAUAACAGUUUCUUUUCACAAUGUUCUUAUAUUAAGAGUUAGGGGAUACACUGCACAUUUUUUACUUACAUUUUGUAUAUAUUUCUUUGCCUGUACAGGAAAUGAAAAAUUUAAACCACCUUUGAACCAAAUUUACAUUUUUUUAGAGUUCCUAAGCAAUAUUACUAGAACUAUUUAAAACCCACAAAUGCUAUCUUUUUUUUAUUCAUUAAUGAAGUACAAAUACCAAAAUGGGCUGUGCCCAAUAUUAAAAUAAAAUGUUUU